AUGUUUAUUUUCGUCAGAAGCUACGCACAGCGCAUAUGGCAGAAGCUGUUCCUCGCCAAUGAUACUACCGCGGCGGUUGUGAGCAACUUGGAAUCGAUAGCCUCACCGCUUGAGCAACCAGGACCACCAGUGACUCCGUCUGAUUUACCUGUGCCGCCACCGGUUGCCUGGACCUUCAUAGGAUGGGGAGAGGUCGGGAAGCCUGAAUGGUUCAUUAAGCAUAUCUGGGCUUUCUGGUUGUGGAAUACGAUUUACGGACCAAGAAGCAAGGAAUCCAGAGAGUUCAAGGAGCCUUUUUGCGCUACCCCGGAAAUAUUGUUGGCAUACUGGUGGACCCGCCUUUUUUAUGGCCUUCUCUGGGCCUGCAGGAAGUGGAAUCGGUUUCUGGCAAGAAUUGAACGGAUUCUGGUAACGGUGAUCGUUGAAGUCGUCGCUACUUUCGCAUGCCGGAGAGGGCCAUUCCUCAAAAAGCUUGGUAUAGCUAUUUGGAACUGCGCACGGUAUGGACCACGGUUCAUGUGGAUUUUUUUUGGGAGCUCCGUAGGAGCCUUCGUGCGGUUUAUGGGCGACAUAGAGAAAUCGUUGUCCUGUAGGCUAAAACACGAAAUCAAGAUGUGUCGGAGCUGA